CACCCAUUCUUCAAGCAGGGGGCGGGAGAGAGAUACUGUUGAGCGCACCAACAGCAGACUCUUGGAAACCUGCUCUUCCCCUCACCACCACCAGCACCAGCAGCAGCAGCAGCAGCAGCGCUGCGUAAUCAGGCAGGUCCAGGGCUGAGGCGCACCGAGCCACACAGAGCUUUGCUUAGUGAUAAGACUCCUUGGAAGACGAGGACCGUGCGACGUUAUUUCACACGUUCAGCCUGUGAGCUGCGCUUUGGGGCGCAUCACGGUUAAAGAGACCCUUCGCCAAGACAAGUCAGCUGGAUUUUUAAUUCAUUAUCCUUGGAAUAAUUUAAACUUUACUCACUUUCUGUCCUGGAUAGUUCUCUCUUGUGAAGUUUUGAGAGUUGUUGCUUGGAAAUGUCGUUAAAUCCUUUGUAAAUUAAAUGUACUGGUAACUGCUCGCGCUUUUAGCGGAAAACGCACACUCGUGCGCAAGGUGAACUAAAUAGAGAAGAGCAUCACGCUGAAGAAGAAGAGUUGAAACUUGGAGGUUUAUUACUUAUCCAGCACGGAGGAUCUUCUUUUUCUUCUUUUUUUUUCUUACAAGAGGGACUUAAAAGUAAGAAGUGCCUCAUCAAGCACGGGCGCUUUCCUCUCAUCCUCCUUCUUCUUCUUCGGAUAUCUCUGCCGGAGAGACCACACUGGGCACGGGCCGCCGACGCGCGCGCAGUUCCGCAGGGCGAGCCGCUGUCCCCCCGCGCGCAGUGCUGAGCAGAGAGGGACUCUCGCGCUUCCAUAAAUGCCCGGUCCGUCGAAGAGGCUCGAGGCUGGGCAGCAAGAUGAGCUCGUGGGUACAGCUGCUGCUCGCGUUGCUGGCGGCGUGUCUGCGGUGUGGCGCGGCCGAGGGGGACCCUCUGCCUGCAGCCCUGGUGGAGCUGGUUAGAAACAGCCCCAUCUCCUCCAUAGAGGACCUUCAGCUGCUGCUGCUCACUGACUCCGUAGAUGAGGAGGACGGGAUUUCAGCAGCCAAUGGAGGUCACAGACUACCAAGGAGCCUUGAUGCCCAACCAGCUCAGCAGGCUCUGUGUAAAGUUCGUACAGAGGUGGUAGAGAUCACCAGGGCGAUGUUGGACCGUAGCAACGCUAACUUCCUGUUAUGGCCGCCAUGCGUCGAGGUGCAACGCUGCUCCGGCUGCUGCAACACCAAGAGCCUGCAGUGUGUCCCUGUUGUCACACACACCAGAUACUUACAGGUCAUGAAGAUCGAGUAUGUCAACAAAAGACCCACUUAUGCUAAAGCCGUGGUGUCAGUGGUCGAUGACGUGGAGUGCAGAUGUCAGCCCGCUCCACGUCCCCCUGCGCCCAAGAAAAAGUCAUCUCGCAGACAGCACAGCCACCAGCAUCGAAACCAGACACUCAGCCACGAAUAUGGACACGAACACGAACAGGUCAAGAUGCAAACCAAGGAUGAACUCCAUCAGUGGGAUGAGCUGAAGCAGAACCAGAGGGCCCACCUGGAGGAUCUCCUGGAGCAGCACUGGAACCCCAGAGGAGACACCUUCACCCAGCCAGGAGAAGGGUACAGCCUGGCUGGGGAGGACUCCUCUCGCUCUGGAGAGGCUGCUCUCUUUGCUCCACACUGGGAACGUAACUCCACCGGCCCAGACCAAAGUGGGAAUCCAGAGAAUGUGCAGAGGAAGAAUGGCAAGCUCUCAGACGGCAACAAGACUGUUUCCUCAGUGGAUAAUGUUGGUGUUGAGGUAAAGAACAAGCUGGUAGAAGGUGGGGAUGGGUUGCUGCCCAACAGGACCGAAGGGAAAGUUCACGAGGGAAACGAGAGCAGGGACGAAGGCGCACAAACACUGAGUCCAUUAUGGCAAGAAGACAAAUCCAAAAUUUCUAAGAGCCACACGAGUGGUUUGUCUCACCCUGCUACUCAGGAUCCUCAAGCCAAGCUCAGUCCUACUGAGGCAACCAGGGAGAGAGUUGAGGGCAGGAUCCGACCGACCAAAGAACCGAAUCCAGAGCCUCGAGAACAGGCGAGACGGAGGGACAAUGAGACUCCCGAGGAGGUGAGGAUAUUACAGAUUGAGGAGGAAAAGCUGGAGCAGGAGAGAAAAGAGCUUCUGCUUCUCCACAAGAGGCUGGACCAAGAGAAGGAGAUACUGAGACAGCAGCAGAUGAAACGAGAGGAAGAGGAAAGGCAGAAAGGAAGGGAAGCGGACAGUCAGCAUGACCUGCAUGGUAAACAUCACCAUCAUCAUCAUCCGCCAACAGUAACGACACAGAAACCAGCGACAACAUCUACGACUACCCCGCGGCGGCCCUCAGCUCCAGCAGGCCCCAGACCCCCAGCCCGUCCAAAGAGGAAGAUGAGGAAGAAUCGCAAACGGAUCAGCAAGGCAGCUAUGAGAGCAAUGCUAAUGUAAAACUAAAAAUAAACCCAGGGACACAAAGUGAACUUGGUGCAUGUGGGUCCAGAGGUGAAGCAGAGUGACUCCCAUCAUAUAAGUAUUUAUUCACUUGUCAGUAACCUGCUCGUCCUGUGAGAUCUCCUCCGUAACACUACUAAUGACUGUCUGGUGAACCUGUAACUACACCUGUAAGGAGUAAGAGGAGAGUAAGAAGAAGAUGGGAUAUAAAUAAAAGGCGGACCUUGUCAAGAGAACACUCGACAACGUCAGUUGCUGGUAUGAAUUAACGAGUGGCACCCGAAGACUGACAAAUUGUGUGCAAGCACAGUACCUGUGGGGGGACUGAGACUGCAUCGCUGUAGAACUGUGGAGAAUAGUGCAAUUUCAAAUCUCUUCUGGAAACCUUGUUCUGAUAUCAACAGAGAGAAACUGCACUUAUACUUUGGUAAAACCGAGUCUUUACGGGGUUGAAGUGACAAAGUUUGUAGCUGAAAGACUUUGCUUUGUGAACACCACAAUCAGACUGGACUACAAAGUGCAUUCGGUGGAAAAAUGGACAUAAAAAUGGACGUAACUCUUGUGUCACUGAAGAACCUGUUGUAUUGUGUUUGGAUAAUCUUGGGGACAAUCGUCGAUAGACUUCAGGAACAAGUGAUGUUGACUAAAAUGAGCAGUGUUGUCAUGUGUGAUAGAGGUCACAUACUGAGAGCUCAGUGUUGGGAAGAUAAAGCUGUGUAGAUUUACCCUACCAAGGCCUGAUAUCAGUUAUUAGCUCUGCCAAACAGCAAUGGUCUCUCUUUAAUCAUAUUUAAUUAUAUUUAACUCAUUGCAAACACUGGAAUCAAACAGAUGUGCUUAGAGAGCAAAAACAGAAAACGUUGCAUUAGUGAGUUUUGUCUUUUCCCAAAUCUCAUCACAGGUGUGCAGAAAACGGUGCUAUCUGUCUACUGAGUGGUAGCAUCACACUUGUGACCCGACAUUGUGCUAUGUUUCUUAUUUAUUUAUCUCUACCAUUACUGUGGAUUAACUUUCUAUAGAAACACUGCAAGCCAGAUGGCAGGUGUGGUCGAGAUAAGCAACAGUGCGUCGCGACGGCUGCAUGGGUCGAACAGAAAGACGGAAACCUUUCGUGACCUCCCAGGAUCACGCGGUGUUUAACCUCUGUGUCAAAGUGUGUGCACAUGUUUUCCAUGCAUAAGUGUGUGGCAUAGUGUGUGUAUGGGCUUGUGCCUGCACCUACACUUCUGUCAUGCAUCUCAGUACUCAUGUAGAAGCGUCGCUCUGUCUCUCUCUGUCUCUUUCUCUCUUGUCUUUCUUCCACUGAUUAAUGUUUGGUAGAAGCAGUCGCGUUCCUUUUAAACUCUGGGAGGAGGAGAAAGAAACACCUUCCGAUGACAGAUUUUUCUCAAAGCGCCCCCCCUCUGUAUUUGGUUUUAUUAAUCUCCAACACAUUGUUUUUGACAUUUCAUUUACAGGAAACUAAAAGAGUCAAAACAAGGAAAUCAGUCAUUUAAAAAGACAGCAAAAAGCGAAACUUUGCAGAUGUAGAUAUUGCUUUCUCUUGUCCUGUGUAUUUCCAUUAGCAGCAACACACUGGCGAGGCUUUUUGUGUCCAACAAUCUAUAAUCAGCCAAACAUCUUAAGUUAUUGAAAAAAAAUGGCUUGUACAUUCUUCAUGCCAACUUACAACUGUUACUGAUUUUGUCUGUUUUAUUAUGAGAAACAUUGAAAAAAAACAGAAAGUUUGUGAUAACUUUGCCACCUAAUGCUAUUUUCAUAUGGAUAUAAGAAGCUAAUGUGCUUAAAUCUA